AUGCCCGUCCACCCCUCACUCAACGAAACGAGUUUCAGCACCGACCUGGCAAACCGCCAUUUAGUGUACGACUAUGCCGCCAAAGACGCACAAGGAAAUGCCGAGAAAUGGCGUUAUGAGAUGUGGUUCGAGAACGAGGACCGGAUCAACUAUGCCAUCCAUGGUGGUCCGAUGGCCGGACGGCUCAACUUCCAAGAAGCGCACUACCAGUGUAUCAGACCUGGUGAACUGUGGCAGUGUAAUUGGCUCGAAGAGACGGGGACGAUUUGUUCCCUGGUGUACGAUAUCCCGCGCAAGAAGAUCACUACCUUGCUUGGAUUCUCCAAGGGUCAUUGGGAGAAUGCGCGGGAGGCGCAUGGGGAUAAGCGCGUCGGGGCAGAUAUGGAGAGGUGGAGGGGCCUGGCGAGAAUUGGCAUUCAGACGGAUAGGUUGCUUUUGAAUGAACAGGCGGAUGUUUUGGAGGAUUUCAGAGGUAAAGGCGAGUUGGUGCCAUGUGAUAUGAGUUUGCCGACUUUGUAG